AUGAGUGACACAAGUGAAAUUGAUGAGCCAUUUAGCAGUGGAUCAAGUGAUGAUUACGUCCCAGAAAGUGAAAGCAGUGACGAAAAUGAUGCAGUUGAAGUAGAAAAUACACCUAGAACUGGGGUUAAAAAGAAUAGACGAGUCUAUUUCAUGUAUCCAGAAUACGGACAAAGGAUAGUAGCGGUCAUUCAAGGAGAGUCAGCAACAAGUACGCUACGUGCCUUGGUAAACAGUCAAAUAAAACAAAACAUUUCAACAAAAAGAGUGGAACGCCAAGCGAUGAACCUAAAACAGGAUGACUGUUUAACAUCUCCAAAAGAAAAGCGAGGAAAACAUCAUAAUAGAGUAAAUGCAAUUCCACCUGAAAUUGUCCAACAAGUUGAUUCCCACAUAAAAAGCUUUCCGCGAUGA